AGCCCGGAGCUGCUGCUGCGCCGCGCCCCUCCCCUUGGCCCUCAGCCGGCUCGGCCCCCUCACGCCGCCCCGCUCCAGCCGCCGCCGCCGCAGCAUGAGGUUCUCCGCGCUCUGCCGACUAAGCCGGGGAGCCGCCGCCCCGCUAGCGGGCAGGAAGGCGACCGCGCCGCUGCAAGCCGGCUCGCCCGCGCCCCGCCGGGGCACGGCCAGCACCUGGGGCCGCUGGGAGAAGCAACAGGCUGGCGAUGGCGGGAGCUGCAGCGCGCGGGGCUCGGCGGCCGGAGAAAUCAUUCAGAGUUCAAAGAAAGUCCUGGCAUCCUUGCAGAAAGGACACCCUACAUUUAUGCCGACGCUUGCCAUUGUACAGGCAAGUGAUGAAGAUUUGGUGCAAGAAAUAAACCAGAACUUUGCCAAAGAGAUUGGUCUGCACGUUAUUCACAUUUGCCUCCCUCAGGGUAGCAGUGAAGAUGAGAUUGUUGGUGAAAUCUUGAGACUCAAUGAAGAUCCUACGGUUCACGGCGUUGCCCUUCACCUCUCUGAAAAUGCAUACAGCAACAAAAUAUUAAAUGCAGUAAAACCAGAGAAGGAUGUGGAUGGAGUAUCAGAUGUAAACCUGGGACGGUUGGUGCGUGGAGAUACUUACAACUGUUCAGUUUCUCCCACUGCGAGCGCUGUGAUGGAGCUUCUUGGAAAAAUAGCAGUUGAAACCAUAGAUGGAAAGAAGGUGUUACUAGUGGGAACUUGUGGUCCUCUGGAAGCCUCUUUGCAGUGCCUGCUUCAGAGAAAAGGUGCCAUGACUAUGAGCUGCCAGUGGAAAACACAGCAACUUCAGAGCAAGGAGUUUCCAGUUUGUCUGGAGGUCUAAUCAGUGGGGCUCUGAGUAAACUUGCCUUUGCCUACCUCAGCUGCAAGCCUGGACUACCAUAGUACCUGAGCGGUAACCCUCCCAGUUCUAAUAAACUUAGUCAUGUUGUUGUGUAAGCUUGUGGCUUAUAGAUUGUUACUCUACCCUAUUGCGUAUCCAGAGGUCUUCACCUUUGUCAUGUCCCAAGAGAGCCCAGGGAUGAGGAACUAAACAGAAGGUUUCUUGCUUGCCAUCAUCGAGCAUUGAUGGUCCCAUAUUUAUAGUGUCACAUUACAAGAACUAUGGUUAUAUUUGAGGACGUGGACUUGUUAGUUCCUGUUUUCCCUUGCAUGUUGAAAGGCCUGACAUAUGUUUUGUGAAAAUUUGGUAAAAUGCAUUUUGCUUAUUGAUGAGGGUUCUACCCCUGCCCCUCCAGUUAAUAUUCAUUAAAGUUAACAGAGAGAAAAGCAAAACAUUAAAUAAUGCAAUCAUAUUUGGAAUUUCCUGACUUCUGUACAUAUAUAUGUAUAUUUGAAUAUAUUAUUGUGGGCAUUUAACAGAGGUUUGCAGUGGUAGACCAAACAGGUUUGCUUUGUGGUAUGUAUCAUGGCAAGGCAAAUUAAUUUAAACUGUUUUAGUGACAACUGUGAUAAGUGUUUAUUUUAUACAUCAGUUUUUCAGACCAAGUUAAUAUGUCCAUUUUCACUGAAGCAUGAAUCUCAGGUUUACCAUUUUUGACAUUAGUUUUAGCAUUAGCUAGGAAUUAGUCAGACAUGUAACUCAAGAUGGAGCUCUGCUAGUUUAUCAUUUAAAAAGGAAGGCGUUCUAAUAACUGUUUUCCUCAUUCAUGUUAAUUUGCUAAUAGAUAUUUUAGUCAUUCGGGCCUGAUCCAAAGCUCAAUAUUGUGGAUUGAAAAAUUCCUUUGGAUUUUAGUGGGCUUUGGAUCAGGCCCUGUACCUCCAUUGCUUUUGUACUGCCUCUUUAUUUCAGACAGUUUCUUUUGCAGGAACAUUUUGAAGGAAAUUGGGGAGUUGGUGUGUACUUUAAGCUGGUUAAUUAAUUUCAGUGAACAUUUGUCAUUCACUGGGACAUUACAGAGGUCAGAAAUACCUAAAUGUUGCCUUCAUUACCUUAAACAUUACCCAGGAGAUUUCUAAAGGAACAAAUGGAAGUUAGCUGAUUAAUUCCCAGUUGCAUUGUCUGCCUCUACAUACUAACUUUCAUAUUGUCCUUCUGAUCCUUAGAUUUGUUUCCUGCAUCCCUGCAAAAUAAGCACUCUGGUAAAGUUUACUUUCUAAUUGUACAGUGAAAGCAGAAUGCUCAUAAAUGGCAAUAAAGUGCUUGGUUACAAGAAUUAACCAGGAUACAAAAAGUGCUUGAAACAUGCCAACAAUUGUGUGUCACAUGAAAACUCAUGUUCUAGAUACCAUGAUGAUCAGUGCCUUUUAAAUAGGCUUCUUAAAAUAGAAUACAUUAGAGGCUGGCAUGGCCCUAAGCUUGGCUUACCAGCUGCAUUUGAGAUUUAUUUAUUUUAAUUUUUUUGUAAAUUAAAUCUUUUCCUGCCCCUCUCAGCAUACCAGAAGUAAAAGGACAGCUUUAACAUUCCUGAUUUUUAUAUUUUAAUUUAAAGGUUGUGUAAACCAUUCAGCCUUUUAUUUUCCUCCUCUUUAUUUCCUUUGAUUUUGGUGCAGUGAACAGGCAACUACAUUUCUGCCUCAGAAUUUGUUAGCUUGAUUUUAGCCAUUGUAAAAAUAAUUGUCUUGUCACAGCUGCAUUAUGACCUGACUCUUAAAUACCCCUGGAUUUUCAAAGAGUUAUAAAUGGACAAUUCCAAUGUUUCAGAAAACUCUAGUACAAUCAUGUGCAACCGCUGUGAAGAGAUACUAUUCUAUUUCCAUUUACAUUGUAUGUAAAAUGGGAUUAUUAUGAACGAAGAAAUAUUCAAGCCUUUAGAUAAAUUAAGAUAAUCUGUUAUCCUUCUGUUAAUACUUACAUAGAAAGCUCUUGCAGACACUGACCCUUCAGAGUGGAUUUGGCAUACGGGGAAGUUUUAAUGACAUAAUUUUAAGAAACAACUAAUUUUGUUACUUUAAAAGCCAAUAAUCUGUUCCACUGUUCACAAAUGAUAAAAGGGAAAAUGUAAUGUACUUAAUUGCUGUAUGAUAUAUUAAUUUUCUACCAAGAUUAGGUAAUCCAGAUGGUGGAAAACUAUUGUACCUUCUAAUGAAAAAUACAGAUAAUUAUUUUGCCAAAACAUGAAUAAUACUUCGAACUCAUGAGAAAAUUUACUAAGACCAUUUCUUCAAUUAUUUUUUGAAUAUGACCCAUGUUGUGUCUAUUUUAAAAGACCUUGCCUUGUGUUCAUAUUUAUUGUAAAGAAGUCUAGACACACACACACACACUCUUAUGUGUCAACAUAAUAAAAGAUGGAUAAAACCCAUCUGAACUCUAGUUCACAUUUUCAACCAAAUGUAGGUUUUAUUUAAGUUUUGAUUUGGGUGCCUCCUUCCCUCUCUUUGGCUCAAAGCAGGCCUGUUAUCUUUGCUGAAACUCUUCCUGGAGUUUCAGCCUAUUUAGCUGUCUUUGUUGAGCCAGCUGUGGACUGUCCUUUCAAAUCUCACAAGAACCAGGGUUUGUGGGCUGGGUGGGACUCUAUGGUGUCUGACCCAAGCAAGCAUAAAAGAGCAUAGACAUAAAUGGAACAGCUGUCUAGAGUACAGCAGAAAAAAAAAGAUUAUAUGGGAAAAUUUCUACUGAUAAUACUUUGUUAGAUUACUGUUCUACUGUGUUUGUGUUUUCAAGACAUUGCAAUUCUUACAUGGUCAUUGCUGUUUCUUGCAUCUUAAAUUUAAUCAGGCAUCCUAAAAGAGUAAGGAUAGCAGAAGCUAGAAGGGGUAAAUGUAGUGAUCUGAGUUCUAGUCCCUUGCUCCGCACGCUGGUAGGACCUGGAAAUACAACAUGUAAGCAUCUGUGGGAUAGGGAGCACCUCCCAUUAGUCUUCCCCCUGUCCUUUUUUUCUCCCUCUCCCCCCACCCAUUGAGCAACACUGACGUGCUCCAGAACGAGCUGAGAUCAGGACAUAUGAGCUAGGGCUUGUCAGUGGUGGGAGUUGAGGUUGGAAAUAAAUGGAGGGAAUCUUACUGGAAAAAUGGUCUCUGCCUGCUUUCUUUUCCAGUGCUACUAUCCUGUUCCCCCCCCAGUUAGAGGCUGUAUGUUGCCAUUAUGGAUGGAACCAGAAUAAUAGAAACUGAUGCUUGUUUCAGAUGUGAUGAAGAAUAUUAUGACUUUCCUAGGGUCACUGACAAAAAAUAUCUUAAAAGCUGGGGAGGGGGCCAUCGCUGCUGCUAACUAAUGCUUAGAACAUACUGAGCUGAAGCACUGUAUUUGCAGUAAGUGUAUUUUGAAGAGCUAAACGCUUCGUGAUAACAGCAUUGUCCCCUAUCAUGGCUUGUUUUUAUCCCUUUCUUUUGGUGAAAAAUAAUGAUUUUGUUGUUGUUGUGUUUGAACACUUAAUUAGUCAGUUCAGCUGUUACACAUAUGCUACAAAUCCUAGUGGUGUUAAAGUGGGGACCACUGGUUUUUAAUGUUCUCUGAAAUCAGUGAAAACUCCUUUCCUCCCUCCAGCAAGCAUGUGUUUGUAUAUCUUUUGUCCCGUCCCCCCCCCCCCCCCCAUCAGAACAAUGCCAUUUGUCAAAAAUAACUUGUAUUCAUUGUGUAGGUGCAACUGGAAGAAGGUAAGGAGAGUAUGCCUGGGUGAAAAAAAUGAAAAUUUACUACCUCAGCGAAGUCCAGAUAAAAUUUAAACAUUAGACCUGCAAUGGCCACAGGGUUUUAAAUGAUUACUCUUUUUUUCUGUUUAAAUCAGUUUUUGUAUAUUUAUUUCCACUGAAUGUGGCUGCAAGGAAUUCCAUAUCUGCUUCUCCUUCCCCUCUGCACUUAUUAAAACUGAAAUAGUCCUACAUCAGACCUAGAAAACCCAUGUCUUCAUUAUGCCCACUUACAUUUCAGUUUAAAAAAAAAAAAAUUAUUUUUUGUCUUUGAUCAUCUGGUUUAAAAAUGGCUUUUGUAGAAAUCAAGGAAAUGAAAUAUUUAUGCAACCCUUGCGGCAAAAUAGGUUUUCAAUUAUCUGGAAUAUACAGUUACUCCAUAUCAUUACCAUUAAAUGUUUGGCUUGCCCUAUCUGUAUUGUUACUGUUAUUUUAGUCUUUUGUCUUGGGAAUGGGUGGUGGUACUUUAAUCUGCUUCUACUUAAAUCUCAUUGGAGAGAGUCAUGUUUUGUUAUGAGGUAGGGUUUCAAAUUAUUUAUUUGAACAUGUCUUCCCAGUUGAAAAGAUUUGCCAGUGAGAAUGCAAGAUUCUACUUGAGAAUCUUUGCCCGUCCUUAAAAUAUUGCUUAUUGUGGUAUGGAUUAUUUCAUGUGACAUUUGUCAUUCUUUCCAAUGUGAUUUGAUAACAAUGUUGUUUUACCCAUUUUACAAUAUAUACUUGGUUAUUCAAUGACUGCAUAUUACCGUUUGUCCAUAUCUUCUCGUUCUUUUGGCUAAAAUGAAGUGUAGCAUCUGUUUUGCAUCUGAUGCAUCCUCUGUCUGGGGACUAUAUAAUGCACUUGCAGGGGGAUAGACUUGAUGAUUUAAUAGAUCUUUUCCAUCUCAAAAGUCUGAUUUAUUUCUGAUUUAGGAGAUUAGCCCUCUGUAUGCCUCUCUGAGCUUUUUUUGAGUGAUUUAUAAGCAGUGGAAAAAAAUAGGUGAAGGCAAAAAAAAAAAAAAAAUCAUCCUGUGUGAAGUGAAACUGAAAUGGCCUGAUGGGGUUUGUGCAAACCUCUGUAACUCUCCUUGGUCAAUCCAUCAGCCAAGUUUAUAGGAAACGGGUUUUUAAAAAGAACAAACAAAAAAACCCUGUUGUUGUAGCGCUGACAAAGACUAUGGCUAUAGAAUAUUUUUUACGCUUCAGCUGUUGGUUUUCUUUUAUGAAUUUGUUUUAAAACCCUUGCAAGGAAAAAAAGUAUUUGUUGUCCUUUCUCUUAGUGUAAUUGAACUUAUAAUAUGUGGUUUUCCUUUCAUUUUCUUUUAAAAGUGGGGGAAAGGAAAUUAGCAGGGGAGGUUUAUGCAGAGGUUAUAAAUCACCUGCUUGAAAGUUGUUGGUUACAUAUGAGGUAACCUUUUAAAAAAAAAAAAAAAAAAAAAAAAAAAAAAGGCCAGCUUUUUUUGUGAUAUAUUUACAGAUAUAUACAGUUUUGGCCAUCCAACCUGCUGUUUGCAUUGGCUAUAGAAAUAUUAUGUUACUCUUGUUAAGAUAGUUAUGUGGUGUUAUGAUCUGUAGUCACGGAGAUGAGAACAGUUGGUUAGGUCAAUUGUUUUUCAACCUUAUAAUUGCAUAUAUCAGAAUUGAUCAAAUGUAUUGGAUAAAGGCUCUUUGGAAUUAUCAUUUGUUGAGAUCCCAUGUAGAGGUCUCAACCAAUUCAGGCCACAGUGCUAAGCACUAUACAAAUGUACAGUCUUUGUCUCUGCUAUAUGGCGUAUACUAGUUGACACUACAUAUCUGAAUGAUACCUGUAUUUGAAUUAUACUUGAAUUAUAACAGCUACAGUAUUAAUCUUUGUUUUGAUGUGGGAAAGAUUGGGUUCCUAUAACUCACAGGACCCACUAUUUUCUACACCAAAACAUAAAUUAUUUCUUAGGGUGUAAGCACUCACUAUCAUAGUCUAAAGUACUUCUAAUAUUUCUACUUAGUAAACUGCUUGUGAAAUGAAAAGUCUUUGUAAGUGAAGCUAUAAGUCUUUACAAGCCUCUUGGUGGGUAUGUGUCCAAAGAGUCGAUCUGCAUAUAGUGAUAUGUAUAGAUCAGUUUGUAGGGAUUAAAAAAGUACCAGUAUCCAGGAAAGAGCAGAUAGUAAUACAAGGGCCUGUGUGGUACCUCAGUUUUCUUGAACCAUUGAGUCCCUAAUUUGGUAAACCUGUACGAUUCCUUAACUGAUCCAUGGUUACAGGUGCAUGAUCCAAGAUUUAAUAUGGGAAUACAAUAUUACACAAUGCAAACUGAAACUUCUCAUUGAAAUUCUUAUCAACCAAAAUGUAUCUAAAUAACCUCAACAGUUGCUAAGAUUAUGAAACCAAGGGAAGUAGAUAUUUAACUUAUUGCUAACACUCACAUUUUAGCCGCAGGAAGACAUUAAAUAGCCCAAAAGUAUAUACUUAUUGUCUUUCACUUGCAACGUAGAGCACACAUGUCUGUUGUCUGUUCCAAUAAGGGAGGGAUCACGAGGAGUCUUAGAAGAAGAAGAAGAAGAAGAAGAAGAAGGUGUCUUUCUCAGAAUUUUACUGCAUAUAUUAUUGAGAAGCAGUUGAAAUACUAAGAAAAUGAAACCAAAUAAUAUAAACAAAGCGAAAACCCAGCUCCAUUGCACAAGAAAUAAGAUCAGAUUAAAUCAGCAUUGAAUUUGACCAAUAUCUAUUCUAGCAGUGGCCAGGUAUGAGCCAAGGGUCUCUAAUUAGAUGAAUCUUGAUAUCCUAGAAUGAAGGUCAGGUAUGCUGUUGAUUAGUGUUUGAGACGAGCACAAGAUUCAAAUUCAUGAAAGCAACUUGCUCUCUCGUCCAAAGCAAGCAGUCAUGUUCUAAAGCGUGCAUGAAAUUUAACUCGCGAGAUUGACUUCCAGUGUUGAACAAUAUCGCACAAAGAUUGGGGACCAGAUAUUAAUUUCCUUUCCUUCACAAGAGAGUUCCAUGCAAGAAUGAAUAAUUAAAACCAAAACGCAAUAGAGCCUAAUAGCGUUGUGUUGGUGCCCUUAAUAAUUUUUAAUUUCUGGUUUUCUUUUAUGUCUUGAAUAAAUAGGAUUAUACUAAAAAGUUCUGCAAAACAAAUAUUAGUUAAGUUUUUUUUAACAUGCUUAAGAAAAUACAUCAAAACUAUUUUUUUUAAAAAAAAUAGAAGUGCAUUCUAAAUUCAGCUAAGGUAACUGUAAAAGCCAAAUCUAAAUACAGAGUUCAAAGUUAAGAAUAAGGUAUUUUCUGCAUGUAUAACUCUUUGGACUAUGAUUUUAGCAGCAGUCAAAAAAGCAAACCAAAUGUUAGAAUGAAUAGAAUAGAAGAUAAUACAGAAAAUAUCAUAAUGGCUUUGUAUAAUACAGUGGUUCAUCAUCAUCUGGAAUACUGACUACAAUACUGAUCAACCCAUUUCCAAAAGGAUAUUGCAGAAUUAGUGGGGGUUUCGAGGAGAGCAACGAGAAUGAUUAAAGGGACGGAAAAACUCUCACAUGAAUAGAUAGCAGUUGUUCACCCUAGAAAAUAGGUGAGUAAGAGGAGACAAGAUAAAAAUAUAUAAAAUAGUGAAUGAUACAGGGAAAGCAGGUUGAGUGUUUCUGUUCUCCCUGUUUCACAGUACAAGAACAAGGGGACAGCCAAUGAGACUGAAAGGCAGCAAAUUCAAACCUAAUGAAACAAAAUAACUUUUCAUACAGUCAGUGAUCAGACUGUGGAACUAAUUGCCACAGGAUGUCGUCUAAGCCAAUUAAUUUAGGAGGAUUCAAAGGAUUUGGGCAUUUGUAUGAAUAACAAGACUAUCCAGUGUUACAGUAGUUAAUGUUAAAAGAUUUUAGAAGGGAUGUAAAACAUUGUACUUCUGGGUUUAAGGCAAUAGCUAUCUCUCAAGGGCUAGGGUGAGACCAUCAUUGGGGCAGAUUAUUCCUCAUCUACUGUGAGGUUUUUCAUAUCUUCCUGUGGAGCUUCUGUUUCUGGCCACUGUCGGAGACAGGAUACUGGACUAGAAGAACCACACGUCUGAUGCCCUAUGGCUGUCUCAAUGUUCAUCAGGUCUCAAUCAAAAAGAAAAUAUGCUAGGUCAGUAGGUAGAUGGGAGACCUCCAUGGGAAAAUGCAGGGAGGUGUAGGAAAUAGUGUUUAUCCAUUUGAUGGAACCCUUAACUCUGUAUACCAGUCUUAAAUUUAGUAGCUGUGUGUUAACCAAGGCAUGAUGCAGGAUGAGACAUAAAAACUACCUGUACUUAUCAAAGAAGAUAUUUCUCAACAGCGUGGAUGUUAACCGGUUCUGUUGACCUGGCCACAUUCUGUUUUGAAUAAAUGUAUUUUGCAUACUUAAAUUCCGUGUUCUUUUAAUUAGAGAAAUGUAUUAUUCUUCACUUACUGCCUUUACUGUUUGUUUAGCGAUGUUUUGUGUUUAGAAAAGGUGGGUGUAGUUAGUGGUAGGUGAAGUGAUUCACAUGAAUUUAAGUUGCUGAGAGUUUUAGGAUUUUACAGGGUGAGAGACAAUAUAUAAAUGUAAGAGAUUUCCUAAUGCCAUUUAAAAUAAUUGUAAUAUUAGUAAUACCAAAAAAAAAUUAUGGCUGGAAUACAAUUUACAGUGACACCGGUACAUGUGAUUUU